CCAUUCCAGGGGAGGACGGCCGUCAGGGCGGACGUCUCGGUCGUCGCUCGGGGGAAAGGCGGGGGGGGGUGCGAGCUCUUGGCCGGGGGCGGCGGCGCCAUGAAGAUCUUUGUGGGGAACGUAGACGGGGCGGACACGACUCCGGAGGAGCUCGCGGCCCUCUUCUCGCGCUUCGGCACCGUCAUGAGCUGCGCCGUCAUGAAGCAGUUCGCUUUCGUGCACGUGCGCGAGGCCGCGGGCGCGCUGCGCGCCAUUGAGGCCCUGCACGGCCACGAACUCCGGCCGGGGCGCGCCCUCGUGGUGGAAAUGUCGCGUCCGCGGCCUCUCAACACUUGGAAAAUUUUCGUGGGGAACGUGUCGGCCGCGUGCACGAGCCAGGAGCUGCGUAGCCUCUUCGAGCGCCACGGGCCCGUCAUCGAGUGUGACGUGGUCAAAGACUAUGCGUUUGUUCACAUGGAAAAGGAAGCCGACGCCAAAGCCGCCAUCGAGCAGCUCAACGGCAAGGAGGUGAAGGGCAAGCGCAUCAACGUGGAGCUUUCCAUCAAAGGUCAGAAGAAGGGGCCAGCGGGCCUGGCGGCCCCUGGGGAAAAGGCCAAGAAGCCAGUGGCUGGCGACACUGCAUUCCCUGGGACUGGUGGCUUCUCUGCCACCUUUGAUUAUCAGCAGGCCUUCGGCAACAGCACCACCAGCUUCGAUGGGCGGCCCCGGCAGCCCUCCCCUCCUUUCUAUGGCCGUGACCGCAGUCCCCUGCGCCGCUCGCCUCCCCGAGCUUCCUACGUGACCCCACUGACCGCCCAGCCAGCCACUUACCGAGCCCAGCCUUCGGUUUCCCUGGGGGCAGCCUAUAGAGCCCAACCCUCUGCUUCCUUGGGUGUCGCCUAUCGGACCCAGCCCAUGACAGCCCAGGCAGCUUCCUACCGGGCACAGCCUUCAGUGUCCCUGGGAGCCCCAUAUCGGGCCCAGCUGGCUAGCCCUGGCUCUCAGCCUGGGGGAGCUUCCUCACUCGGCCCCUACGGAGGUGCCCAGCCCUCAGCCUCGGCCCUUACCUCCUAUGGGGCCCAGUCAGCCGCAGCCUCUUCUCUCACCACCUAUGGGGCACAGGCCUCCUCCCUUGCCUCAUAUGGUAAUCAGCCAGCUUCCUAUGGGGUGCGGGCUGCUGCCUCCUCUUACAACGCCCAGUCGGCAGCUUCCUCCCUGACCUCCUAUGGGGCUCAGGCAGCUUCCUAUGGGGCCCAGCCUGCAGCAUCUUCACUUGCCUAUGGGGCCCAGGCAGCCUCCUAUAACACCCAGCCUACUGCGGCCUCCUAUAAUGCUCAGCCCACGGCAGCCUCUUACAAUGCCCAGUCUGGCCCAUAUGCAGCCCAGCCAGCUGCUUCCUAUUCUGCCCAGCCUGCUGCCUACGUGGCUCAGCCGGCUACUGCUGCAGCCUAUGCCGCCCAGCCAGCCGCCUAUGCAGCGCAGGCAGCGGGCCCCCUCGCAGGCUCCUACGGCGCCCAGCCAGUUGUCACAGCGCAGCUGAAUGCAUACGGAGCUCAGGCCACUAUGGGCCUCUCUGGCUCCUAUGGGGCUCAGUCAGCUGCAGCCACAGGCUCCUAUGGGGCAGCAGCUGCUUAUGGCGCCCAGCCCACUGCGGCAGCCCUGGCUGCUCCCUACCGCACUCAGUCGUCGGCCCCGUUGGGUUCUUCCUAUGCUGCCCAGCAGCAGCCUCCCCAGCCUGCUGCUGCUUCUUACCGGGGCCAGCCAGGUGCCACCUAUGAGGGGGCGGGCCAGCCAUCCGCAGCCUACUUGUCCCUGUCUCAGGGGGCUGUUGCCAACGCCGCCACCAGCACCCCGCCGCCCUAUGAGCGUACCCGCCUCUCCCCACCCCGAGACAGCUACGACGAUCCCUACAAAAAGGCCGCCUCCAUCAUGUCGAAAAGGUAUGGUUCCAACCGGCGCUUAGCCGAGCUCUCUGAUUACCGCCGUUUAUCAGACUCGCAGCUUUCGUUCCGCCGCUCGCCGACAAAGUCCUCGCUGGAUUACCGUCGCCUGCCCGAUGCCCAUUCCGAUUACGCUCGCUACUCGGGCUCCUAUAGCGAGUACCUGCGGGCAGCGCAGAUGCACUCUGGCUACCAGCGCCGCCUGUAGGGCCGUCCUGCGGGUGGGUGGAAGCAGAGCUAGGAGGAGGUAGGGGCAGGAUGGGGGCCCAAUUGGCGAGAGCAAGUUUGAUUUCCCUUGUGGGUUCUGCCCCAGGCAGCCAAAUCUUUGUAGUGUUGCGGCAGUAACCUUUCCUUUUGUUCCUCCGCCUCAGCAGUAAGUCUUGCCUUUGGCUCCAGACGGUCGGCUCCCCCUUCCACUUCCCAGCCCCUGCCCCUGGCCUCCCACCUUUAUUGAGCAGCGAUUUCUCUUUACGUUUUUAUCUUUUUCCUGAAGUCCCUUGGAUUUUUGUGCGCGGUGUUUGAGGUCGUCUGGACAGGAAGCAGCCCACGGCUGUGGUCAGCGGCGUCUUUUUCUUUUGAGAGAUGAGGAAGGCUGGGGACAGGUCAGCCCCUCUGUCCCCUGUGCUCCCUUGACCCCAUCCCUGCCCGCACGCUGCUUUGGAGGUGGGGUUCCUGGUGACUGAGCAGAGCUGAUGUUGAGCAGCACACCCCAGCCCCUCGUUCCCCAUCUUCUUCAAGUAGGGGGUGUUAGAAACCUCAUUUUUUUUUUCUUUUCCCUUUUGUAUGGACUAUGAAUAAAACUUGGGGCAAUUUGCAGUUUGGAAACCUGGUUGUCAUUGUCUUGAUUGAACUCAGUGUCACCGAGGAGCCAGUGGUGACAUCCAGCAAGAUGUGGCAGCUGAAGUAAAGGCAACCUGGACUUUGAUCCCAGAAAUCCAGGGGGGCAGAAUCAUUAGGCUGUGGGGUAGAAGGGACAGUGGUUGCUCACCCAUUCCUGCAGGAAGGUAACUAGGAGGUGACCUCCUUGGCACCCCUGGCUUGUGGUGCCUCUGCUUUCAUGGCACCUGUACAUGGAAUGACAGGGCAAGAGGCAGUGAAGGAGAGGGGAUGGCAUAGGGGGCAGCUGGUCUGGGAACCCUGCUUUGCCUCAGUGGAACUUCCCUGCUCCAUCCUGCCACCGCCGUCACCUGUGCCUGCCUCCCAGUUUUACUGGGGCUCUGGAGUAGCCUUGUGGCUUGGUGUAGGUUUAGGUAAGUGGGAAGCAGCAAGUAAUGGAGAGCUGCCGCUUUUUUCCUGGCCUUGGGACCCAGGAAAGGGAGGUGGUGUGAUAUUGGACAGGAGGCCUCAGGGCUUAACUUUGAGAUUGGAGUCUGGCCAGGAGAUGUUGGUUCCUGUAUUACUUGAGCCAGAUUUCCAUUCCACCUGGAGGGGUGGGGAGGGGACUUUCAGAAGGCCCUCUUGCAGUGGUGUGCAUUUAGGGGCACUAUCUCCCCAAGUAGAUGGUUUGCUUAAGCCAGGCCACUCUUAGGCCAUGGAUGGGGAGAAGUCAGUGCUCGGGUCUCCUUUAGCUCAGGGGCCAACUCUUCUGUUGAGCUCGCAGGGCAGCAUCGGGCUGCCCAGGAACGUCUGGGCUAGGAUGCACAUCAGGAGAUUCUGGGCUUGAAUUCUCUUUUCUUGCUUGCUUCUACUCUGCAUUUUUUCUUUAGAAGAGAUCUGGGGAGUGAUGAGGUGGGGUGGGCAACAGAACUCAUCAUCCACUGAGGUUAUUUGUAAGCCUUCAUAGGUAGGGCUCAAGCUCUCAGUGGGUCUGGUGGGUCAUGGAUUUUAUUUUUUUACACUGGAGCAUUGGAGGGUUGGAUGUAGUGUUACGAUUGUAACAUUUCUUUCUUGUCACUCUGAUUUCCUGUCUUUCUUUUCUGCCCUGGUGGUGGUGGUGGUAGUGUGGGGGAAUCCUUAGUUGACUGUCCUUAUUGCAGCCCAGGGUGAGCAUUUAUCUGGAACCACCUGGAUGAGCAUGCUAACCACGCUCAGGCUCCCUGGACCCCUCGGCUCUCUGAGUUCCUCCUUGCCUAAGAGGGAUAAGCCACAUCAGGUCUGCUGCCAGCCCUCUGUCCCUUUCUCUUUCCCUCCCAGGAGAGUCAGGCUAGCUGGGCAGUCUGGCCAUUUUCUGUCACCCCUCCCCUCCUGUUCCUGUUGUAUCUUUCUGACUUUGAGGGUCUUGUCUCCUCAGAGGAGGGUGGUGGGAAUUGGCAGCUUGGGGGUUGAUGACACGUAUGGUACGGUGUUGGGAGGUGCCCACAACCACAUGCACCUUCCAUUUGGGGGGGGAAGUAGAGCUAAAUGAAGGUGCUGGAGACAGGGGUGCUUCAACAGGUUCCCUACUGUCUUUAGACUUGGCUGUUCCUGUAUGGCUGGCGUUGUCCUGAGAGCCUGAGGCCAUGUGUCCCCUACUUGUGCUCCUUGCUAUGUCCUCCUGGCUGCCCUUGGUGUGUGCCUCCUUGGGGUGAGGACCAGGUUUGGGAAAAAUGAGGAAAGUGACUGCAGCAUAGGCUCUUGUCCAUGCUUCUUUGGGCAACUUUGCUUUUUUGUCUCCAGCAAUGGAGCAGUGGGACUCCACAGCAUGUUAUUUUUUUUACAGGCAUCUUUUUAGGUGACCACUGCCCCAGAGGCACCGGCCAACCAAAUCUUGGUCCUGUAGGCUUUGGAUUUAGAGGCCUGGGGUUUAAAAGCAGGAGACUUUGGGACCCAUAGAGGAAAUGGUAGGGAUUUUGGUGUCCCCACACUUUUCUGUUACUCUGCAGAGUUAGUGUCCCCAGUUGUGAGGCACUUGGUGAUUGACAGAGAGCCUGAAUUGGGCCCAAGCAGGUUCUUUCACACUUGGCUCUGAUUUGAUGCAGUCUUUAUGUGGAGCCUUGGUGGGCCAAGCACCAUCAUAGGCACUGGCCGACAAUUCCGCCAACUUGUCUGAAGAGCCUCCUGUGUGCAAAGAACUCUACCGUGGUGGGCGAAGAGAUGGGAAGCGUCCGAGGCACAGGCCUGACCCUUAAGUUGGAGGUGCCAUCUUAGUUGGUGAGAUGACUGUAGAAUCCCUAAGCCAGUUAAAGUAUGACAGGAGAGAGGGGAGUCUUUCAGUGGGAGAAUGGGAAGGACUUCCUUCCCAUUACACUUUUAAAGGGCACACUGGCUUGUCCUAACAAGGAAGGGGCACCUGAGUAUGCACGGGAUAGCUGAUCUGUAGCAUUGUGAGCUCUCAGAUAACAAGACUGGAAACAGCCUCUGGGAUCGCUGUCCACAGCCAGUUCUUGGUGACUCUUGUGUUGAGAGGAGAAUGGCUGUGGCCUUUGCCUAGGUCCCUUUCUUUGGGGUGGUUCUAGAUCAGGAGUUCCUAACUUUUGUGUGUCCUUGACCAUUUGGAUAGUCCGUUUGGUGAAGCCUGUGGACCAUUCAGGGGGAUGUUAUUUUUGAAUGCUUAAAGUAAAAUUCAUAGAAUUACGAAGGAAGCCAAUUACAUCAAAAUAAAGACAUAAUUUCCCCGCCAUCCAAAUUAAUGGAUGCCUUGAAAUUACUCAGGGAGGUGAACCCCAGAUUAAGAAAUCCUGACCAAGAUCUCUCAAGUACCCCCUGGUUCUGAUAUUCUUGGAUCUGAUCCAAAGUUGAGAUUCUGUGAAGCUGGAGUUCUCUUGGGGGUGAAGAAUCAGCUGGGGAAGGAGCUGGCUAGAAAAUAGAUGUUCUGAGACCACCAAGUGGUGGGAAGAAGAGACUUCUCCUAAGUGGGGAGUGUUAGGGGAAGGGAGUUUAGACAGUAGGAAGUAAAAUUUCCUGUGAAGUUUACAAAGCCCCCAUACAACAAUUGGAAGGGAACUUACUUAGAACAGGGGUGAGUGAUUUGUCCAAAGUCACACACAUUUUAAAAGGGGCACUCCAGCAGACAUAUCUGGGUUCUCCUGGGAAGUAGCUUGUGUCUGUUCUAGAUGGCCCGGAGCCCAAAGUUUUAUGAACCACCAAAUGACAACCCCUAAGGGGACUAAACUCAACUCCCCAGGAAAGGGAUGGUUACAGCCUUCAUUUGGGUUUCAUCUGAGCCACUUCCCUGGGUCAGCACCUUGGUUGGGUAGUCUGACCCUACAGCUCCAUUGUGGCAUUUACUGUGGGAAAACAGAAAAGAGUUGACCACCCCUUCUGUAGAGAAGUUUUCCUAGCCAGGCAGGGGGCUCAUUGAAGAGGCGGAUUAGAGGGUUGUGAUUGGUUAGAAUUAGAAUUGGUCACCUAGGCCUGGGGUCUGGGAACUUGUUCACUGUUUUGAUGACUGUAUUUCAGCCUAGUUGGUCUCCUUUUUCAUCCUGUGCAUUUUAUGUUUUUCACAACAUUCUGAGAAGUGGUCCAAGGCUUCACUAGCCCCAGAGGGAUACACAGGACUCCUGGACUAGUCCAACUUCAUCAUUUUACAGAAGAGGGGAGAAAAGGGUCCAGAGUGCCCCCUUAUCCAAGGUCAUCCAGAGCCUCCUGUCUGGCCCUGCAGGUGCAGCAGCCACAGUGAGCAUGUUCUCAAAGCCAGGCAGAAAGGGCUGUGCUGUAUCUACUUUGGGCUGAUGGCUGUCCUGCAGGUAUAGAUGAUUGCGACUUGAGAUUGGUCACCCUUUUUUGUCACUGAUGGAUGGCCCUGGGGGUUGGGAUGAUUUAGAGGGGACUCCAGCAUUGGUCCUUGGGUGGCUGUUUGCCUGAUUAGGGAUCAUGUGGGGCUUAGAGACGUUUGACCUGUCAUUUUUCACCAUUGAAGCCCAGAUUUCAAUCUAUUAAACCAUUAAAAAGCCAGGAAACCCCCCCCCAAUUAUUUACAAAACAGCAUUAUCUAAACUGUAAACAAAGCCGACAACUAUGUCACCUGGGCUUAAUUGCUUCUUUGCCUUGGACCUUGGAUUUCUGCACAGUGUGUGUAUUAGGGGUCCCAUCAAAUGAUUUCUUCCAGUUCUAGCAUUGCAUAUUGGAAGUCUCCCUCCAGCUCUGACAUUGCCUGUUCCCCUCCCCCAGUUUGGACACUCUGUAACCUUGUUUCAAGGCCUUGCCAGUUCUGAAGUGCCAAAUGUUCCCAUCCAGGCCACACGGAGCCUGUGAUAGCGUGGCUGAGGGUGGUGCAUACUGGCCACAUCGGGAUGUGCAGAGCCAAUUUUCUCUGCACACUGACUGCUCAUUCUCCCAGGGGGGAGCCAGCCUUACUUUCCUGCACUGCAUACAGCGGGUGCUCAAUAAUGGUGUGAGAUGAAAGUGAAGUAAUAAGGGUGUGUGUGUAUGUGAGAGAGAAUGAAUGAAUAAGAGGGGAUGCCUGCAUUACAAGGCCUUUUGGGGUGCUGUUGACCCUAUCUUGACUCAAGAAGGUUGCUGUCAGAUCUCUUAACCAACUUUCUGCCCCAACCCCACCUUGUGUCUUUGCUCGUUGUCUGGGCUGCAUUUAUUAAGUGCCUACUAGGUAUAGUCUCUUUUGGUUCUCCUUGUGUCCUCCUUUUACUGUGGAGGAAGCAGAGCCAAAGAUUAAGACUUGCCCAGGGCCAUCCUCUGGCAAGGGCGGGAGGCUGGAUUUGAGCUCCAGGCUUGCCCUCUCCAGGCCCAGGGUUCUCUGCACUAGCGGCCCGGCUGCCUUGGGGUCAAGGUUUGUGACUCCUCCCAUCGGAUUGGCCAGGUUUUCUCCCUUAGGUCGCUGAGCUAUCCGGGCCUUCCUCCUCUCCCCCCUCUAAUGCUUUUCCCUCCGAGAUGCUGGCUGCUCCCUCUUGUGCUUUAAGCUCUUCUGUCUGGAUGUCCUGCUUUACGCGUCUUCUGCAGUCCUUUUGAGAAGCUUCUUCCAGCGUUGUCUAGGCUGAGAUUGUGCCCGGACCGAAGGUGGACUAGCCCAAGGAACCGAAGGAGGAUGCUCGCCUGGAAAGCCGGCCCGGGAGGAUGCAGAGCAGCCGGCCCACGCUCUAACUUGGCGGGGUUUUAAUCUGAUUGUGCCGGGUCCGCAGCCUCACCGGGCCAGCGUCGGGGGAGGCGGGCGGUGCAGGGCGGGCUUCUCUGAGCUAAAGUUGUGUCGGAGCUCGUUCUAGCCUGGCUGGAGAAAAAUAAAGAUGGAACCGGAAAA